CUCCUAUUAUUUUUUCUCAUUAUCUAUAUUCGUUUAUUUAUGGCAAUCUGAUACAUAAGUGUCUGUAUUUUACUAUUACUGAUAUCAAUCAUUGAUAUUAAUUGUGCUGUGAAAGAUUUAAAAGUAACGAAAAAUUAAUAUUAUUACUUUAAAAAAAUUAAUAUAAAAAAAUUAUUAUAAAAUGUUACGAUUAAUGGAGAGAAAUAUUUUUAUUUAUUCUCAGGUGGGAAGAUAUGUUCCAAGAACAUUUUCUACAAGUAGAAUGUCAUUGUCAGAAGAAAAAUAUCUAGAUGUCAAAGAAGAAAAUGGAGUGCGGACAUUAAUAUUGAAUCAUCUUCCUUCUCGUAAUUCUUUAUCUUUAAAAAUGUUAAAAUCUUUAUGGAAGAACAUCAUACACGACGAAAAUAAUAAUAAUCUUCGGACGAUAGUUAUUAAAUCUGGAUUGGAAAAAAUAUUUUCUGCUGGACAUAAUAUAAAAGAACUGACUAAUAACAAUGGGAAGCUUCACAAGGAAAUCUUUGAAACGUGCUCACAAUUGAUGCAAGCAAUUACUAAAAGUCCUGUUCCAAUAAUUGCUGCUGUAGAUGGUGUAGCAACUGCAGCUGGUUGUCAAUUAGUUACGUCAUGUGACAUUGCUAUUUGUACCGAAAGAAGUUCAUUUUCUACACCAGGAGCCAAUUUUGGAAUAUUUUGUUCUACACCAGGUAUUCCCUUGAUUCGGAACGUGUCCAAAAAAGUAGCAACGUACAUGCUCAUCACAGGUUUCAGCAUUAAUGGUAAAGAAGCGUAUGAAACAGGUCUUGUAAGCAAAGUUGUGCCUCAUGAUAAAAUUGAAGAAGAAAUUGAAAAAAUUACUACAGCUAUAAAUAUGAAGAGUCGAUCGAUUAUACAUGGUGGAAAAACGUUUUUGUACGAACAAUUGGAACUUGAUAUAUCGACUGCAUAUUUUUUAGGAACCAAAAAAAUGAUUAAUAAUUUAAAAAUGAAAGAUGCUCAAGAGGGAAUCAAAAGUUUUAUUGAAAAAAGAAAACCUGUUUGGAGGCAUGAUUAUGAGAAAUAUUAAUAUACGUAUCGGUCACGUAUCGCGCGAUUGGAGUACUUACGCAUUUUAAAUCCGAGAGGUCUUCAGAGAUAAAAGAAUCGUGGUGGUCGAGAUCAUUAAAAAUCUCGAAAGGCAGCCGAUAUCUCAUUACAAAGACGUAAAUUUUCUUUUCCUAUUUUGUUUCUCGUCCAAUCUAUCUCUCCCCACUUGUUUGCAAAACAAGUUCAUAAAUCGAAACGAAAUUAUUACUCCCAUGUUAUUACGACGUUGAUUCCUAACGAAGUGACAGAGUCGAGCUGCUUUCUUCCUUUCGCUACUUUUAUUAUUAAUUUUUUUUUUUUUAUAUAAAUUUUAUAUAAAUUUUUUGGCUCGUCCGUGACGAUAAGAAUCUGUAAGAAAAAAAAAAAAAAAAAAAAAGGAAAGCACUUUAGUUUUUUAUUUUUUAAAAUAUCUUUUUUUCAUUUUUAUCGAUCGGUCGAUGACUGAUUUGAAGAGUGUUCGUCGCGGCUGUAUGAAGUUUGUAAUAUUAAAA